UGGCUUGGAGUGUGAACAAACUGCACUUUAUUCCAAAGUAUAGGGGCUAACAUUUCACAUUCAAGUCAACUUUCAUUUCAACAGAAUCAGAGAACCAACAAUUCUACCGAAGAAGACGAUCAUUUGGAAGCAAUGAAAGAAGAAAUCAACAAAGUAAACUCUCAAACAGUAUUAGAAGAAUGGAGUGGAACUUCUUCCAACAAACUCUCCUUAACCGCCGUUAUCUCUCCGUCAUCUUCUCCGUCAUCUUUCACAGUGAAGAAAUACGGUAAUCGAUUCAACCUUUUCUCUAGAAGGUUCCUCGAAGCAUUCGUUCCUGAGGGUUUCCCAAACAGUGUGACUCCUGAUUACAUUCCGUUUCAAACUUGGGAUUUAUUGCAGGGACUCUCUACAUACAUAAGGAUGAUGCUUUCUACACAAGCUCUUUUAAGUGCUAUAGGAGUUGGGGAGAAAUCGGCAACUGUAAUUGGGGCUACUUUUCAGUGGUUUUUGAGGGAUUUGACGGGGAUGCUUGGAGGUGUCAUGUUCACAUUCUACCAGGGCUCAAACCUAGACAGCAAUGCCAAAAUGUGGCGUCUGGUUGCAGAUCUCAUGAAUGAUCUUGGAAUGCUGAUGGACCUUGUUUCUCCAUUGUUUCCUUCGGCAUUUGUAUUCAUUGUCUGCUUAGGGAGCUUGUCAAGAUCCUUCACUGGUGUUGCCAGUGGAGCAACUAGAGCUGCUUUGACCCAGCAUUUUGCUCUUCAGAAUAACGCCGCAGAUAUAUCUGCAAAGGAAGGAAGCCAAGAGACGGUUGCAACGAUGAUAGGAAUGGCUUUAGGAAUGCUUCUUGCACAUAUUACAAUGGACCACCCAACGAUCAUAUGGUUCUCUUUUUUGUCUCUCACAGUGUUCCACAUGUAUGCUAAUUACAAAGCGGUUAGGUGCCUUAAUCUGACUACGUUAAACUGUGAACGAAGCUCAAUUCUUUUACUGCAUUUUGUGGAGACCGGCCAAGUUUUCUCUCCAAAAGAGGUCUCGGUGUUGGAGCAUGUUUUACCGUUAUGGGUCAGUUCUUGGAGCUCAAAAAGUACCAAAUUUUUGUAUACACGAGUACGCUUAGGUGUCAGAGUCUCCUCACUUAACAGCCCGGAAAUGAUGGAGUUAUUAAGUUCUGCUGGAUCUCAAUACGAGAAAGCAAAAUACUUAUUACUUGAGAAGAAAGGAAUUAUCAGCAUUGUUAUGCAUAAAGAUUCAACUACUGCGGAUGUCAUGCAGGCGUAUAUUCAUGCUCUUGUCAUGGCAAAUCUUUUACAUCAUAACCGUACAUCAUUACAUACGGAUAGCCAAACAUGGAUGGAUAAACACUAUCAAACUUUUGUUUCCAAGCUUCAAUCAUCUGGUUGGAAAACGGGGAGACUUUUAUCUUCGUCAAUCACGUGGAGAGCAAACUGGAGCCGUGCGAUUCCAGACAAGAAGAUUCAAUAGAAGAUUUAACCUAUACUGACAAAAUCCCCCGUUCUGAAACAAUUUUAACGAUUAUAUGAACGUUGGUACUCAUUAUUCUAGUAUUAAAUUUUCAGUUUUGAUAACAAGAUGACGCCAUUAGAACUCCAACGGCCACAAUAAACAUGGACAGCAUGCCUACAAGAAGUACAUAGGUUCUCCUGGACGAUUUAUGGUAUUCACCAAAAAG